ACACGCACCAACCUGCGUACAGUUGCGCGAUGGCAGCCAUGUUGUGUCUUUUUGUGUGUCACUUGUCGACGCAAAAAUAACCACUGCAAUUUGCAACGCGCAGCCACUGCAAUUGGCAAAAAGACAGCAAGCAGCACCGCAAAGAUAAGAAGCAAGCAGGAAGCCUGCUCUCCUGCACGAUGGUGCUUGUGUUGGUGCUGGUGUUUGCGGUGGUGGGUGUGCUGGUGCACGAAUCGGCAGUGGCACAGGAUGAGGGCAAGGUCAUCAUCGACACCCAGCAACUGCCGUCCUGCUCAGACCUGAGCGCCAUGGCAGGCGACAUGGUUGGUCUUCUUGAGGCCCAUGGUGCAGGUGGCACGUAUCUCGAUUCCAUCGCGCACACCAAAUUCUCGCAUGACACGCCCAACGCCGGCCCCCUCGACCUGGCCCCACUUCAGCGUGUGCUGAACGCAAUGGGGUGCCAGCAGACCCAGUCCCUUGCCGCAGCACAAGCUGUUGUAAGCGGCAGCGCUGUUGCCGGGGCACCGCGGCGGAACCGGCGAGAGGUGGCCGACAUCCACAGCCAGUGCGUGUACACCACUGGCCACGAGCUACGUUGCGAGGGCCUGGUGCCCGCAACCGGACUCACCAUCACCUUCCAAGGGAGAGGCACCCUGCCCUCAGACACGCAGCGGCCCGUGCCCGUCAUGGACGCCUCCGUCUCCGUGCAGCGCCUGACCUUGACCGGCGAACUGGACCACAACCGCCUGCGGUCGCUGCUGUUUGUGGGCAACUGGACGAGCGUCGAGACCCUGUCGCUCAGCGGCCUGCAGUUUGUGGACUUCUCGCUGGCCAUGCUCAACGGGUUUGCUGCGCUGCGCACGCUGCAGAUCAGCGACACCCUGCACCUGCAACUCGACGCCCGCGACUUUGCGCUCGCCCCGCAGCUGCUGCGGCUGGAGCUCGCAGCAAACGGCAUUACAGACCUGCGCCCGGACGUGUUUGCUGGCCUGAGCGCGCUCUCCGUGCUGAAUCUCGCCAACAACCGCCUCACCGCCGUCCCGUCAGACGCGCUGCGGCCACUGCGCAGCCUCACCCAGCUGCACCUGAACGACAACCCCAUCGUCAGCGUUGAUCCGGGCGCGUUCAGGGCCCUCACCGCGCUCACCUUCCUGUCGCUCUGGAGCGCUGACAUCUCGUCCAUAGCGAACGGCACAUUUCAAGGGCUGGCUCGCCUCUCAACCCUCCGCCUCAGCAACAACCCGCUGCGAACCGUGGAGGCAGGGGCAUUCCAGCCCCUCACCAUGCUGUACUCCCUGCACAUUUCCACCACUGAACUCACGACACUGCCAUCGGGCCUGUUUGUCACCACCACCCGCCUCAGCUGGCUGGACCUGCGGUCCAAUAGGCUCCAAUCGCUCCCUCCAGACGCGUUUCAGGGCCUCCAGUCCCUCACCCUGCUGUUUCUCUCCAGCAACCGCCUCACCGCCCUCCCAGCUGGCCUCUUUGCUGGCCUGCACCAGCUCUCCCACCUCGAGUUUUCAAGUAACCGUGUGGGGCAGCUGCACUCACGCCUGUUCUCGCCGCUGUCCAAGCUGCAGACGCUUCGUGUGAGCCGAAACGGAAUCACGCAGCUCCCGCGCGACGUGUUUGCGCCGUGCACUGCGCUCACCGCCCUGCACCUGGACUUCAACCCCAUUCGCGCACUCCCAGACGGCGUGUUUGAGCACCUGACACAGCUGCAGCGGCUGUGGUUCCAGUUUGGUGGCCUCACAUCCGUGGCACCGGAGACCCUACAAGGGCUUGUCAACCUGCAGGAGCUCUUGUUGAGUGGCCACCAGCUCACCACAUUUGAGGCAACGCUGCCGUCGUUGGUUGACCUCAACCUCAACUACAACCCGCUGCAACGCCUGCCGGAUGUCUCUAGCAUGCCAGCACUGGAGGACCUGUACCUCACGCGCCACCACAUCACGCACAUGGACCUGACGCAUGUGCUCUCGCUCCGGAACAUCACGGCCCUGGAAGCAGAGGCAGCGCAAGGCGUGGAAUGCACAGCCACACUACAGCCGACGCAGGUCAUACAGCGACAGCAGCAGCAGCAGCAGCGACAGAACGAAGACCGCGUGGUGCUGCCGUUGCUGGGGCUUGUUCUCUUGAACGUUGACGCGGGCGAUGUGCUCAAGUUUCUGGUUGCGCAUGCAGAUGUCGAGUUGGCAACACUCGAGGUGGGCUGGCCAGGCCUCACCCAGGACACCGUCACAGAGCAGGACCUGUGCUCGCUGCUGGCAGACAACGUGGCGCGCUUCGUCCUCAGCAAUACGGGGUACACACACCUGACGCUGUGCCGCGACAAGAUCAUCGAUGCAGUGGCGUUUGUGGACAACAAGCAGCUGGCGACGGUGACAGCACACAACAGCCUGGCCCAGCUCAACCUUGCCGGCUGCGAACAGCUCACGCGCUUGGACGCGCAGCCAACGCCCAUUCUCGACAUCAGCCGAACACGCCUGCAGCCCGACAGCAUGUUUUGCAGCACGCUUGGCCACCGGGCGUUUGUGGCGCAGGGGAUGCCUACAGGCUGGCGCGAGCACGCGCAACUCGACGCCAUGCUUGCCAAGUGCCUCGCCACGGUGGACAUCCUGGACUUGGCGGAGAACACGUGGCUGGACCAGCCGCAGCGGGUGAACGAGGUGGCGGCACCCAUCCAGCUCCUCAACAACAGAUUGCGCAAUGAGCGCGAUCACCCGCCAGCCCUUGAACUUCACGGCACGCGCAUCCAGUGCCCGCUGGGCGUCAACCACCGCGGGUUCGUUUUCUUCGGCAACGUGCGCCACGACGCGUACUCGCUCCACUUCUCCCUCAACUGCACGUGCGCGCUCGGCUUCAAGUUGUCGGCAGGCCGCUGCGUUCGGGACGUGCAGAACGUGGCGGAGAUUGCCGCACCUUCCGUGAUUGGCGGGCUGUUGUUUGGCCUGCUCAUGGCGUGGCUGUCACGCCGCUACCGUGGCCUCACCAAGCGCAUCGGCCUGCAGGAGCAGCUGCUGGUGGAGCGAGACGAAGAAGUGAUGGCGCUGAAGCAGGCGUGGGAGGUUGAAUAUGGGGAGUUGAGGAUGAUCAAGCGUGUGGCUGCAGGUGCCUUUGGCGUGGUGUUCAAGGCAGAAUGGGACACGGUGAUGGUGGCAGUCAAAGUGCUGCAGCAAGCUGUCAUGGCGUUUGACGAGAGCACGGUGUUGGAGUUUAAGAAGGAAGUGGAGUUCUUGCAGAAGACACGGCACCCGAAUGUGGUGCGCUUCUUUGGCGCGGGCACAGACCCCAACGGCAGCCCGUUCCUUGUGCUGGAGUUUGUGGCGAUGGGAUCACUCAAGGACCUGCUGCAGAAGGACAUGGAGGAGGUGUUGAUGGGGGUGGAGCAGGGCGCUAAUGGCGGUACAGAUGCAAGCGUGAUUGCAGAGGAUUUCGGUGAGGAGUUGACGUUGGUGAGCACAGGACGCGACAAACGAGAUGAGACGACGACAGCGUGGGACUUGAAGCUACGACUGCUGCGCGAUGUUGCCAGUGGCAUGGCUUUUAUCCACAGCCUCGACCAGAUGCACCGGUCCACCCCCGAGUGGUUUCAGUCGCUGACGCACAAGUGCAUGGCGCAAGACCCGCGUGAGCGGCCGUCCUUUGGCGAACUCAAAGACCACCAUCUUGUUUGA